AUGUCCGGACCAUCAAAAGAAACUCCUGAUCCCAGUAUACCGUCGCCUGUACUGAUUGAAAAAAACAAACCUUUAACUUUGAAUGAUUCUGAACCAUCAACUCCAAUUACACAGCCGAGAAAUCUUGUAUGUCCUGGUGCACCACGUUCCAGCCGCAGAAAAACUUCCAAUUCACCAGCAACUACACCUACAAGAAGCAAUAGUAGCUCUUCUGAAUUUCAUAUUUCUGAUGAAGAAAUUGAAGAUUCCUAUGAUAUGUGCAGUAUUGACAGCAAUCAGUUUUCAAGCAAAAAUUUUACGCAAAAUUAUACUCUAUCAUCUAAAUUUGAAUCAGAAUUGCAACUUUCUGACAAAGAAUUUGAUUCUAAUGAUGACCAAAAUAUGGAACCCGAAGAGAAUAAGUUAACCAAAGAUUUCAAAGAUGAAAAAGAAGUAAAUGAAUCUAAUACAAGUUCUAUUCAAGGUUACUUUUGUUCUGAUCGUUUUGGUGAAGAAAUUAUACCAUCUGUAUCUUUCAAACAGCUAAGUGCUCUUCAUGCAUACAAAUCUAUUCCUCACCAUUGUCAACAUUGUUGUCGUAGAAAGUGUGAAGAAUUUUUUACAACAAGGCAUAAUAUUCGCCCCGAAGAAGUUGAAAACACUCAACAGAUAGUUGAAAAAAAUGAUGAGAGUGCCAAAUUGUGCAAAUUUUUAAACCCAAAGUCUUACAAUUAUCGGUUCAGUAUUCCUACUCAGAAUGAAUUGAAAAAUAAUAAUUAUAUUCUCAAUCUAUCGGUUUUACCAAAAAAACCCAAUAAUUUUAAUUCUCCACUUUUUUUCUCGCGAUCCAAUGGUGAAUCUCGUCUUCAGCCUGACAAAGUAACACUUUAUAAUUAUCAAACUGCACGUUUGGCUCGGAGAGAUUUUCGCACCCAAAGGUUUUACCCUGUUUCUUUAGGAGAGCGGGUCCCAAAAAAAUUAAAAGAUUUAGCUGACUUGGAUUUCUUUACAAUGGAAAAGGACAAUAGUUUGGCUUACUACAAAGACUUUUGGGAACCCCCUGUGGUUAAAGUUAAAGAGUUUUCUAAAAAUGGUGUUGAAAAGACUGACUGGGAAUCAGUAUUGAAGCCCAAUGCAGAUGCAUUAAAAAAAUAUUUGGAAGAAAAUGAACGGUUGAGAAACGAAAAAACAUUGUCAAAAGAAGAUUUGGAAAAGAUUAUGAAGGAACGAUGCUUGGAAGCUGAGAAAAAAGCCAGGGAUUUGGAAAAAAAGAAGAUAAUGAUUGAAAAGUUGGAUGAUUUAACAGAACCUUUUUUUCUCGCCAAUAUGAAUGAAAAUACUGUUGCCAAACAAUAUGACGCUGCUAUUUCUUCACAUUUGUCAAAAGGGAAUGCAGAUAAACUCAAGAUUUUAAAUGAGCACAAAGAAAAGAAUGAAAGCAAGGAUGGAUUAAAAAACCGGAUUCAAAAAAAGGAAGACAGAAAAGGAAAGGGAAUCACAAUUGAAAAGAAGCAUUUGGUUGAAAAACAAUUAUACGCUGAAGAUGAAAAUGACUAUUUAACGGAAGUAAACAUUUUGUGCAACAUUAAAGCUAGUGUUGCCGAACAAACCAAGGUAAAAGUUGUUGUUUCCGAAGAACCCUAUGAAAACUCUGAGGGAAUUCAAAAGAGAAUCUCCAUAAAUAUUUCUUUUGACAAAUAA